CUAUUGCCAUUUAAAUAAACUCAGUACAAACAAUGCGGAUCUGUAACAUAUGGAUAAUAUUACCCAUACUUGGUAUAAUUUCGAUUAAUUUUGUAUAUUUGCGCGUAAUUGUUAUGAUGUUCAAGAAAUCGUACUUAAAGGCGUCUAUCUUAAUUACGAAACGUUUGGUCGCGACAAACACUACAAACGAUCUUGUGGCGACGGAGAAUCAAAACGAAACGCCAUGCGAUGGAAUACAUUUAAAGGGAUAUAUGGAAGAUAAUCGUCAAAAAGAUCUUUUGAUAUACAGUAAGGCUCCUAAAUGUGGCAGUUCGACAUUGGUGGGUGUUUUUAAAGAGGCGUGCCAGACAUCAAAAAGUUGUUACAUUGGAUAUGAAACGUGUGAAAAGUUGAAAACUACUUUUAAAGACAAUCCAGAGUCCCGGCAAAAUUGCAUCACUCAGAUUAAACUACAAAAGCGACCCUUUAUUUUUUCAGCCCAUUUACCAUUUUUGGAUUUUACAGAAUUUGGAUCAAAGCAGCCAUUAUUUGUCGAUAUUAUUCGCGAACCAGUAAAACGAUGGAUUUCUGGAUUCUACUUCACAAGAUCAGAUGCUUAUCACAUUAAUAUUGCUAACCUUUCCCGGGAAGACACAACCGCGACAAUUGAUGAAUGUCUCAGUAAAUGGAUUACAACUUCAAAUUGUCCCGCCCCAGAGGUAUAUGAUAGCUCCGGGGUGGAGCAACUAGCGGGCUGUCUAAGGACCAAACCGUACACAGGUUGCCGGGGUAUGGACCCGCCCGCUUCACUCAGAGCAUGGUUUUCUGGUGAUGCGCUACCCCAUACAGUUAACGUCGCAAAGCAUAACAUUGAAAAAUACUACACAUUUGUCGGCAUGACUGAACACUAUAAUGCUACACUCAGAGCUCUUGAAGCGUUGAUUCCAUUUUUUAGAAGUGAUGACCUUGUUGACGCUUAUGAACACACUCAUCACGUGCACGUGGGAACAAACAAAACACCGCCAAGUGAGUUCCAUGAAUCUAUUAUGAAAGUUUUACUUGGAGAUGAAUAUGAACUGUAUCAUUUCGUCCUUCAACGAUUUCAUUCUCAUUUGAAAUGUUUAGGAAUUUCCUGAAAUAUUUGAUUGGAGUAGGUUGGUGGUAAUCAUCCUAGAAAUGUGACAUCGCCAUUGAAACAAGAAUUAAUUAUAGUUUUGGAAAUAGUUAAAUACUCUUCUAGCAGUUUUUAUCGUUAACCUUGUCAAAUCCGGAUGACGCUCUGAUAGUUUCGAUGUUACAAUUAUGCAAAUUGUUUGAAAGAAAUCCCCAUCUUUUUGACGCUAUAUUUUCCAAAUCAUUUAAGAUUCCCAUUGAGUUAUGUUAUAUACGGCCUCGUUCACAAAAAGGUUGAUCAUGGUUACUUCAUUCAUCACAUCAUACAUAAUUAUAAACAUCUAUUAGAUAUCUUUUGUAAGGCUAGAGUGUACAAAUAGUUAAUGUAAAAAUAACUAUCAUGAGAAAUACACUAUAGCUAGAAUACAUAAAUAAGAAUGUGACACCAUUAGAGGACCUUAAGGGUAUUACUUCUUUAUAUAUGGUUAAUAUAUCAAUCAAAACUUUUUGUGCGACAAUAUAGUUGUACACCAGUUUAACCCGACUUUACCUGAACACUUCUCUCUUGAAUUACCCUUUCGCAUUCGUUUGACUUCAAGAGAGCUUUGGUGGUUUAUAACUAGACUCUGCGCGAAGGAUACUCCUAAAGGAGUGAAAACAUGUGAG